CUCUUCUUCUGUACUUCAAAACCAAUGUAGACCAUUGUCUUCACUAAUCUAAGUGGUAAAAUUACUAAAAUCUUUUAAGCGCCUGAAGUCCAAGAAAUUGUCCCUGAAAAGAAAAGACCAAUGGCACCUCCUAAAAAACCAGAAGUCACACCUGUCCCAGUGCCUGAAGUCCAAGAAAUUGUCCCUGAAAAGAAAAGACCAGCAGCACCUCCUAAGAAGCCAGAAGUCACACCUGUCCCAGUGCCAGAAGUUCAAGAAAUUGUCCCUGAAAAGAAAAGACCAAUGGCACCUCCUAAGAAGCCAGAAGUCACACCUGUCCCAGUGCCUGAAGUCCAAGAAAUUGUCCCUGAAAAGAAAAGACCAGCAGCACCUCCUAAAAAGCCAGAAGCCACACCUGUCCCAGUGCCUGUAGUUCAUCAAGCAGUUGUCCCAGAAGAGAAAGCUCCCACAGUCCCACCCCCAAAAUUUGAAGCCCCACCUAUCACAGGUAUUUUUAAGUCCUUGUCUUACUCUUCAGAAUGAAUGCCUUCUGUUCUUGAAAACAUUUCUAGUCCAUUUACCUCAUUGCCCUACAUAAAAGAAAAACUACUAAUCUCUCUUAAGAGCCAGAAAUUGUCCCCCAAAAGUAAACAGUGACACCUCCUAGGAAGCCAAAAGUCCUGCCUGUUACAAGUACUUGUCAGUGACCCAAGGUUUCAGAAGCUAUACUUACAUUGCUCUUGAAAAAUAAGUGUGGUCUUUGGUCUCCAUAAGACCUAAGUAUAAUCUCAUUGGUCC